CAUGACCCUUGGAACGGACAAGCACCUUCGCGUUCUUCGAUGGUCCCUCGAUCCGGUCAUGUCGUUUUCGACCCUGCGAGCGACCAUAUCAAUUAUUCAGAUUACUUGAUCGAUGUAGACUCAUGGGCAGCUCAAUACACGGAUCCUUCCUCCUUGAUCUCGCCCAGCGAGCCUACUACAUCGUUCCAAGGGGACCUGUACUUCCCGCAAGGGCAGAACCAUCCUCAUCACUCAUACGACCAUGUACCACGGACGCAACUACCGACUCAUCAAUCGAUUGAGAUGCAACUAACGCGGGCAUCACCACCACCUGACCAGCAGAACUUCGUCAACUACAACGCAUCGUCUAGUCUUUUUACAGAUAGUUACAUCACUAGCAACCAAUUCCCUGCCCCACCGUCGACAGCAUCGUCAACAGGUUACCCUCCAAGGUCCCCGUACCAGCCAGAGAUUAGCCCUUCUGCACCCAGUCCAGGAAGUUCCGACGGCAUGUACUCCUCGUACCAGCAUUCUGACCCUGGAAUGAUGUUCGACCAGUAUCAGCCUCCACCAUAUGCUCAUAUGCAACAACUGUCGCAGAUACAACAAGCCCAACAACCUCCUAUCAAAGUCGAUUACUCCGUCAUGAGCGGUGUGCCAGAGACAAGCUUUGAUGCAUCUCCUGAGCCAGAAUCGUCCCAGAGUGCAGCACAAAAAGCAUUAGCGGCGAAGUCUGGGGGCAGGGCGUUAGGCACCCAUCUCGAGCCAACUGUUGCCAAAGCAGCGCAUGACAUGCGCAAGAUCGUUGCAUGCUGGCACUGCGUGUUGCAGAGAGAUAAAUGUGGGCCAGGCGAUAUAUGCGAGCGCUGUUUUAAGCGAUCACAGCGACCGAAUGCCGAUUGCGGCCUUGGAUGCAACCGGCUGAAGCUGAUCGACUUGUCGCCGUACUUUCUACCUUCUCUAGUCACGCAGAUGCAUGAGGACGCGAACUUGACGCACUUUGUGACUCAGUACAUCCAGCAAUGGGGGAGCGUCGAACUAACCGUGAUGAUGACAUGUGGUCAGGACAGCAUGCCCCGGAUACCAGUGAAAGUGUACGAGUUUAUACCCCGUGGAGAUGCCCUACUGGUACAGAUCCAAUACAAGACUGAUCCUGUCACGCACACAAGAGUCGCAAUCCAGAAGCAAAGCCCAGCCUUGGGCAUGGUACACAUCAACCACAACGAAGAGAAGAAGUACGACCGAUACAUCACCGAAAUCGUCGACCACCACCUUGAUGCCUUUGGCGAACUCUGUUGGAUGGAAGACGACAACGACUUCCAGCAGAAACUCUUCAAGUUGAUGACGCGCGUAAAACCCAAGUCGGACGACGAAGCAAAGCUACUGCGCGAGAUCUUCCGCCUCAUCGUAGUAACAUUCAUCAUGUCGCAUACGCUCACUAUCGCCGAGGAAACGAAAGUCGAUACACUAUCGCGUAUGCACUCGUACAGCGGCCACAACUCCUACGUCGAAAACUAUACAUCGCCGCGCAUGACCAACCGGCAACUCAAAUACUUCUUCUCACGCCUUCAACGCUCGAUCCAAACCACUGUUCUCAAUAAGCUUCAACAGAUCUUCAAAUCUUCCAAAGGUUGUGACAAAUGGCUUGCGGCAUUUAUUGCAGUGUUAGGAAUGUGCAUGGCACUUGAAGACCAGCAAAAGACCAUACAUCUUGUCAUGUCUACCAAGGCUACCACAGAGGGCCUAGAUCAAAGAGAUGCUCAGAGCCAGGCGGAUAUCGCGUGCCGUGAGAUCGAUAAACGGAUGCAUUUUGUGCAGCAAAUAUUCCGAUGGAAGUACAACCGCAAGCAUAAUCCCAUGCGUGAUGCAGAUCAUGACUGGGAAAAAGAGGUGGGUUUUGGGGAUGCAAACAGUGUGAACUUUGUGAGGCAGGUUGCGCAGUUAGUCAAGGAGAACAUUGAUUUCCUACAACAACGCCAGGCGGUUAGCAUCUCGAGUGAUAACCAGACGAAGUAUACUUCACGCCUUGUGGGACAGUUCUUGCUUUCCUUCUGGCUUCCCAGCGUAUAG